UUUGUUCUGAAAAUAUGAAUUAUUAGAUCUAUACACAUUUUUGUAUGUAGAGUAUGUACACACAUAUAUCAUAGUAUUUGUAUAUAUUAUACAUACAUAUAUAUAAGUAAUACACAAUACGUCAAUAGAUUUACAUGACCAUAGCAACAGGCAUAGCAAUAUGCAUAACUAACCACAUGACUUGACAUCACAGAAAGAUUUGUAAUAACUAAAGUAAAGUUGUAUAAAAUUGAUGUAUAUUAAUUUUAUAAAAGAACAAAUUGUGCUUAGAAAUGUCUCAAUAUUGGCAUAACCAUUGGACAGAUGAUGCAUUUGCACCAAAAAGAUUGCGAAAUUGGGAAGUAUCGAAAUGGUACCCAAGUUUGCCAAACAGACACUGUGUUACUACUAAAUUUAUUGCAGAUGAUAAUGGACACAUACUAGAUGAUGUCAACAAAGAUAAACAUUCACCAUGGGAAAUAUAUAAAGGCACAUGGGAUUUACCAAAGAAGAUUACCAGAAAUAUUGCCAAAGAAUUGUCAAUGAUUCCCCAGUACAAGAAAGAUUCAUGGGAAUUAUAUGUAAAGAAACAUCAGCAAUUAUGUAAGCAAAUGGAGUGGAAAAAGAUUAAUUGUAAGGAAAAAGCAGAAGUCAUGGAGCCAUCAGAAGAUACUGCAAAAAGAGAUCAAGCAAACAAGCAAUGUUGUAUAAUUGUUGAAAAGGAUGAAGAAGAUUAAAAAAGCAUGGCAUAAUUAUAAUUGUAAGUAUAUUCUCUAAUUCAUACCCUGUA